AUGACCUCUGAAGCACCCACAACAGAAGAAAACGAUUGUCAACCAUGUCAUUCGCUUCCUUGCAAGAUCGACUUUAAUGGACGGGCCCCCGUGGAAGUCUACUUUUCUCCCCAAGAAAUACCCCACGAAAAGAAUGACGACGCCAUUGUUUGUGCCGCACAGUUCCGAGGACGUCAACUACUGGCCGUCAAACCACCACCUCAUCAGCAAACAACAAUGGCAGGCCGUCUUUUGGAGAUUGAUGCCUGCAAGGCUCGAAAUAGCGAGGGGAAAGUACGGGUCAAGGCCAAAUUCAACAGUAUUCUGGAAUGGAAACAUGAACAUGACAUUGGGACGGUUCAGAAUAACCACAGCAGUGGCAACAGUCGUGUCCGGACUGCUAUGGAAUGGUGUGAUGUGGCUCAUGCGCUACACGAUGCUAUUCCUAUUUGA